CAGCGGAGUCGGCGUGCGUGCAUCAUAAACUGCUCUAUAGGAUCACAUACACGCACAUCGUAGUCAAUAAAAAGAGCUUGUUUCGCAACUGGUGUUUCCGUGAAAAUACAGUGGAAAUUCAGUGAAGACAUCGAAGAGAAAAUUGCCGGCAUGGAACUGCAGGAGAUGUUUCGAUACGGAUAUAUGUUCCCACCGAGAGAGGACGAGGUGGUAUCCUGCACGUAUCUGGAUUUACCGAGCUACGCUUAUUCCAAGAGCAAGUCUGAUCUUCCACCAGUAAGCAGUAUCAGCAUACCGCAGUGCAUCGUGUACGACGGAAAUCGCAGCGAUGGCUGGCACACGCCGAGUCCAACCGCAAGUUUACGAUCGGUUAGUCCUGCCACAACUUUGUCUGUAUCGUCAGAGCCUGACACGAUAAGUACUCCGGUUACGUACCGUUUAUUAGGCUCGAUGGAGGAACUGAACAAGAGGUACGUUACGAAGAGGGGCCUCGCUACGAUCAACAGCGAGGCAACGCAACACGCUAUAAACAUGAUCGAUCUGACGGAAGAAGUAAAUAGUAUGGACGCGGAUACCGAUGGGACCGCGGAUCCUGAGGCUGAAACGGAGCACGAAAAGGCGCAGUCGUCUCGAGGCAGUGUCAUCAGCAACUCCAGCAGUUUCUCAGACAGAAUCGUAGACGCUGACAGCGAGGAUGAUGCCGAAAUGAGCGACAGUCCCGAUCACAUAGGAUCCGAGAUCGAUGGAAACGGGAACAAUCGAAAUGUGGUGAGAAGAAGAGGUAAAUACGUUAGCUCGACGAUUGUGAGGAAACGCAGACUGGCGGCGAACGCCAGAGAACGGAGAAGAAUGCAGAACCUGAAUAAAGCGUUCGAUAGAUUGCGAGCGUAUCUUCCGUCUUUGGGUAACGACCGGCAGCUCUCGAAAUACGAAACGCUUCAAAUGGCACAGUCUUACAUUACGGCAUUGUACGAUUUGUUGCAAUAACAUUUUUUUCUCCUUUUCUCUCUUUUUUUAAGAUUUCGCUGAAAAUCGUGUUAGUCAACGAACUGGUAAAGUCGGUCGUUGAAAUUGAACGAAAGUGUUUAGUGGAAUUAACCGGAGGAGCGAAAUAGUUGAAUUUUAGCUUGUGUAUAGAAAAGAUGUUUCAUCCAAAUGUACGAGAUAUGAAUUACGUUUACAUUGUUUAGUCGAAUUAUAGGAAUUGUGUUUGAAACGUAGGAACGAUCCAUUAUCAUUUUCUUGUAGAUAUUUACAGCUGUAAUUACAGAAUAUCAUUUCAGUUAUCCGAUGAUUCUUAUAACUGCGUACCAUUCACUCGUUUAUCUUUUGUAAAACGAUAUUGACCAUCGUCUUAUAGUUUAUAUUUUUUAAUAUUAUUAUCGUAAUAUUUAUCGUGCGAAACGUAACGUGAAAGGUUUAGACACGCAUUUCCAAGAUUUCUGUAAAUACUAGAAACUUUGUAAAUUUUGUAAAGUAACGAUAUUUUAAUGGAUAAAUCGUUAACUCGAUAUUGUAUUAUAAAGCCGGACCAAGUUACGUACUUAUAAUUUAUUGUAUUAUAAAUAUUACUGCGCUCUUUGAGACUGAAACUGCAUGUGU